CUUUCCCCGUGCUUGAAAUACGAUACGGAGCGAUCAAAAGGCAAUCCACUUCGUCUCUGUUGCUCACGUUUACACUCACCCGCCGAUAAACGAUGCCAUAUUGUUACGCCGGAACGCGGCUAGCCACCGCUGACAAUGGGAUCAAUUUAUACUACAGAACAUACGGUCACGGACCCACCAAAGUCCUCCUUAUCAUAGGAUUGGCCGGGACACAUGAAUCCUGGAGACCGCAAAUCGAGGGACUGACGGGAACCUUCACGUCAAACAACGAUGAAACCGACUCUAUCGGUUGGAGUUCGCCGGAAGAACGAUGCGGAUGCAGUUAUCAGAGUAGCUAUCAUGGUAUCCAGGUCUGUGCAUUUGAUAACCGCGGUAUGGGUCGUAGUUCCGUACCUGCCAAAAAGUCCGACUAUACAAGCAAGAUAAUGGCGAAGGAUGCAAUAGCUUUAUUAGAUCAUUUAGGGUGGAGAAAAGCUCAUAUUUUUGGGCAUUCGAUGGGAGCUAUGAUAGCAUGUAAACUAGCAGCAUUGGUGCCUGAUAGAGUUCUCUCGUUGGCUUUGCUGAAUGUGACGGGCGGGGGUAUGGAAUGCUUUCCAAAGUUUGACCGACAAACACUCUCCAUAGCUUACCGUUUCUUGAAAGCCAAGACUCCUGAGGAAAGGGCUGACGUUGACUUGGAAACCCACUACACAAAGGAAUAUCUUGAGGAAAAUGUUGGAACCAGUAAGAGGAGAACAGUCUUAUUUCAGCAAUAUGUGAAAGGUAUAUCUGCAACAGGGAUGCAAUCUAAUUUUGGUUUUGAGGGCCAAGUCUAUGCAUGUUGGACACAUAAAAUUACUCAAACAGAGGUUGAGUUGAUCAAAUCUGCUGGUUUUCCUAUUGCAGUCAUUCAUGGCAGGCAUGAUAUAAUAGCCCAGAUAUAUUACGCUAGAAGACUUGCAGAGAGGCUGCAACCAAUGGCUAGAAUGGUAGAUCUUCACGGAGCUCAUUUGGUGAGCCAUGAGAGGAGUGAAGAGGUCAAUCAGGCUCUCCUAGACUUGAUCGAGGCAUCAGAAUUGAAGAUGAACCCACAUGAUUGGUGUAAUUUGCCAAAGAAAAACUCCUGGGCAGAGAAGAAGGUGUUAGCUUUUAAAACCGACAUUCAAGUUGGAAGCAAUGUCUCAUUUAUCAGUCGCUUACCGGAAAAACUGUAUCUCUGCCUAUUUUACCUCUUUGAUCUCCUUGUCUUGCCAAUUGAAAGUGGAAGAAAGCUUCUGGGAAGCUUAAAACCAGUUCGAGUUAGAAGUUCCCCCUCCGAUGUUUACCAAUGAUCCUAUGUUUCAGUGGGCAGAAUGGGGAAGCUUUUUAGUUUUUACAAAAAGGUAGGUGAUGGAUGAGUAUGACAGAUAAAUUUAGAUGUGGUCAAAAAGAUGUGGCUGGGCCUGCAGAGUCAUUUAUUCAAUGGAGAAAUCCAAGUUUCUGGCUUAAUUUUAUUCAGGUCCUCGGACUCGGAGUUGCUCCACUCUUGCACAAGAGGAUGAUUCCCCAGCCAUUGAUUGCGCGCAGACCUACAUAAUCCUACAUAUAUAUAUAUAUAUAUAUAUAUAUUCACUUUCGUUUUUGUCCUCUUCAUCAGUCAUAUCUAAGAACAGAUUGCAGCACAGCUCUUGGAAUAAUAUGAUGCCGUAUAUCAGAAAUUCAGAAUGCAUUUAGUUUUGUAAUGUUAAAUUAGGCCAUACAUUUGAAAAAUAUCAGGAUGGGCAAUUCUUGCGAGUAGGGGCAUUGUAUGAGCAUGAAUGAAUAACACAUCCAAUGACACGUCCAGCAAAAGAUAAAGCCAUCACUUCAAAUCCAUCUUA